GUCCCCGUAUGGUUCGCUGCUGGCUGCUUUUUACAUGGUGGUGGUCAUCUGCGUUUUCUCAAAGCAGACUUUGGCGCUUACCGCAUACGCACUAGCGUCAACAACUUGAAGCCUGCCAGCACUCUCAAUAUGACUAAAAAUCAUCCCAGCCAUUCUCAGUUCGCAGAGUUCUCAAUCAUUUUUCUUUUUCCUUGGUUGCUUUCUUCCUGUAUGGUCAUAGCAUUAUAG